AUGAAGGUUCUCAUCCUUGGAGCAACUGGCAAAAUGGGGGGCGGUAUGGUAAAGGCUCUCAAAGAUAGCCCACACCAACUGUAUGCUCUAUCCCGCGACCCUACCUCUGCUAAGGCAGAGGCUCUCAAAUCCAACGGAGUCACUGUCUUCAAAGGCGACUUUGAUGACCGAGAUUCCCUCGAUCAAGCCCUCUCGGCCGGUAUUGACUCCGUCUUUUUCACCACUGUUCCAGACCUUCAAGGUGGAGACAGUGACCUCAGACAAACCAAGAACAUCAUUGAUGCAGUGAAAGCUGCGGGCGUCAAGCAGCUCAUCUACGGUAGUUUGGCAUAUCCAGGUACCGAAGAAGGAUUCAAAACAAUCCAUGAAUCCCUUGAACCGACCAACUGGGUUAAACUCUACUUCAAUCGCAAGCUUGAACUCGAUCAGCUUGUGAGGGACUCUGGAGCCCAAUAUUGGACCAUCAUUCGCCCACCAUCGUUCAUUCAGAACCAUGUCCUCCCUGAGACAGUUGCUUUUAUCUAUCCAGACCUUCCCACGAAACAUCAAUUAAAAUCUACCUUCGAUCAUAGCAUUCCACAAUGGUACGCUGAUGGAUCAGAAGCCGGAAAAUUUGCGGCGGCCGCUGUGAACGACCCAGAAGGUCUCCAUACAAAGGAAGUCAAGUUCGGCGCCGAAGCAUUGACUGCCCAGGAAGUGGCCGAGAAGUUGUCUCAGGCUAGCGGAAAGCCUAUCACCUUGUAUCAAUGGCCUGAGGAAGAAUUGAAGGAAGCAUUGAUGACACACCCAUUCCAUAUUACCUGCGAGAUCAUCUCCAAGAUGGGAUUCGACCCUAAAAUUGGAAACGCUGAAAAGUAUGGCGUCAAGCUUACACCAAUUUCCGAAUGGUUGGAGAACAAUAAGUCUGGAACUUGGCUCAGUAGUUAA